AUGUCUGUGAAUGCUGAAGCUUUCAAGCUUGAAGGCAACGCUUAUUACAAGUCUGGUUCUUAUACUCAGGCUGUCGAAUCUUACACCAAGGCCAUCAACGCUGAUCCCACAAACCCUAUCUACUAUGGCAAUAGAUCAAUGGCUGAAAUGCAGGCACGCGACUACGAUUCUGCUCUAAGAGACACCCUUGAGGCUCUUAAGUUUAACGGUGAUGCCAUCAAGUCUCAGAUCAGACUUGGUAAGAUUUACAUGGCUUUGGGCCGAUUUGAUGAGGCUCUCGAAACAUACAACGAGCUGGAGAAGCUCUCUAAGGACAACAACAGUUUUCGCCAGGACCAGUUUAAGGCACAAGAUAUGAAGGCCAACUUUGAGAGAGCAGUUAAGCUUCUUGAUGAGAUCCAACUUCUUGCUCAGUCAUCUCCUGAGGAUAUUAAGGACGAAUCGGUUUCUACCACUUUACAUAUUAUUAAGAAGAUCAAGGAUCUAGCUUUGAUGGCUUUGCACUCUCUUGAGUCUGCUCAAAGAUAUCUAGAUUCUGGAUCUUCUGUGCCAAAUAAGUGGCGGGUGAUGCGUGGUAAGAUCCUCGUUGCUGCUGGCAGAAUUGACGAGGCCGCUAAUCUCGCAAUCGCUUUGCUUCGUACUGAUAAUCGCAAUCCAGAGUUUUUGCUUCUUAGAGCCCUUGUUCUUUACACCCAGGGCGAUGUUGACAAGGCUAUUCAACACGCCCAAAUUGCUUUGCAAUCUGAUCCUGAGCUUAAGGAUGGCCGUGUGUUGCUAAAGCGUGCUCGUGCUAUUGAAAAGAAGAAGAAAGAGGGUAAUGAUGCAUUCAAGCUUGGGAAGUACCAGGAGGCUAGAAAACUUUAUACUGAAGCUCUUCAGGUCGAUUUGAUUAACAAGUUUGUUAACUCUCGCAUUUUGUCGAACCGAGCUACAGUUUACAUGAAACUCAAGGAAUAUGAAAGUGCUCUGGCUGACUGUGAAGCGUCGAUAGAAUUAGAUCCUGAUUUCAUAAAGGUUCGCAAGACCAAGGCCCGUGUCUUGGGUAGUCUAAAGCGAUGGGAAGAUAGUGUUCAAACUCUGAAGAAGGUCAUCGAGAUCUGUCAAAGCAACGACAGUGACGAAGAUAUUAGAGCGCUGCAGCAAGAGCUGAGAGAGGCUGAGUUUGAGCUUAAGAAAGCCAGCCGUAAAAACUAUUAUGAUAUUCUGGGUGUUUCUGAAAACGCUUCGGAUUCUGAACUUAAGAAGGCGUAUCGCAAACAGGCUCUUUUGCACCAUCCUGAUAAGAACCCUAAUAACCCAGAGGCCAUGGAGAAGUUUAAGGAGGUUGGUGAAGCCUAUGAGAUUCUUUCUGAUCCUCAAAAGAGACAGCAUUAUGAUAGUGGUGCGGAUUUGCAGGAGGAUAUGUUUGGCGGCAUGGGAGGCGGCAUGGGAGGCGGCAUGGGAGGUGGAAUGGGAGGUGGAAUGGGGGGUGGAAUGGGAGGCAUGGAUCCUGAGAUGCUUUUCCAGAUGUUUAAUAUGAUGGGUGGAGGUCAAAACGGUGGCCACGGUCAUAGUCACAGUGGUUUCCAGUUUUAUUAA